AUGGAUAAGAGUUGGAUGAAGUUGCCACGAAGUUCGCGAGAGUAUAUUCGCGGGGUUAUGGCGUUUGUGAAAUUUGCACGUGAACAUGAGAGUAGAAAAGGGGUCAUUGUGUGCCCCUGUAAGAAGUGUUUGUUGGGCAAAUCAUGGUCCUGUGAAGUUGUAUUUGCCCAUUUAACGUCAGGUGCUGGGAUUAUUGAGGGUUACACUGAGUGGAUAAUGCAUGGGGAAUUACCUAUCCCUCCCGUUCAUAACGAGACAACACAUGAAGCUCCCAGGACGCUUCAAGUGGAUAGCGUUCCACUAAAUGGGGGGUCCAGUGGGAUGCAAGACAUGCUUACUGACGUUUUUGUGAUGCACGAUGUUUGUGUAGAAGUCGGUGGGCCUCAAGUGGGAGUUAACGCCGAAGCCGAAUUCGAGUCUGUGGAUGUUGAAAUUGACGACUCUAACAGGGUGCCGAAUAAGUUAGAAGAAUUGCUAAAGGAUGCCGAUACGCCACUCCAUGGAAAUACAAAACAUAGCAAAUUGGGAGCUAUUGUGCGUCUAUAUAGUAUUAAGUGUAUGAGCGGUUGGAGCAAUACAUCAUUCUCCAUGUUGCUCGAAUUCAUCAAUGAGCUGAUGCCUCCGGACACAAGUUUGCCUAAAGACACAUACGAGGCAAAAAAGUACUUGAAGGAUUUGGGCCUUGAGUAUGAGAAGAUAUCGGCUUGUCGCAAAGGUUGUAUGUUGUUUUGGAGGGAAAAUGAAAAGUUGAACAAAUGUACAUUCUGCAAUGAGUCCAGGUGGAAGGAUGACUUAACUAAUGAAGAUGGGUCGACAAAAAGUUUGAAAAAAAAGCCGGUCAAAGUGUUGCGUUGGUUUCCUCUAAUACCAAAGCUGCAGAGGUUGUUUAUGUCCCAUCAUACAUCGCCACAAAUGAAGUGGCACGCUCAAGGCCGUACAAAAGACGGUGUGUUGAGGCAUCCGGCCGAUGGAGAAGCAUGGAAGGCAUUCGAUUCACGUUACCCAGUAUUCGCAUCAGACCCGCGAAAUGUGAGGCUUGGUUUAGCGGCAGAUGGCUUUAAUCCUUUUGGGAACAUGUCCUCUAGUCACAGUACUUGGCCGGCAUACGGUGAUUUGUCAGGUUGGAGUACACAUGGCCGGAAACCAUGUCCUUGUUGUAGGCAUGAAACGCAAUCAACGUGGCUAACUUAUGGUAAAAAAUUCUGCUUUAUGGGACAUAGGCGAUGGUUGCCUCCGGAUCAUCCAUGGAGAAGAAACAAGAGACGAUUCAACGGUGCGCAGGAAAUGGUUGGUCCUCCCAAAGUGCCGGAUGGCGAUGAGAUCAUGAGCCAGUUAGAGUGUGUUGUCAAUCGGGCAACGACAGGACAGAAGUUGCCGGUUGGGGAAGUAGAUUGGAAGAGGCGAAGUGUAUUAUAUGAUUUGCCUUAUUGGAAAUAUCAAUUACUACGUCAUAACAUUGAUGUGAUGCACACAGAGAAAAAUGUGGUUGAUAACAUACUUGGCACGCUAUUGGACAUGAGCGGUAAAACCAAAGACAACCACGAAGCACGUCAAGACUUGCGUAAGAUGAAAUUGAGACCAGAACUCUGA